AUGGACCUGAGCACCGCCGCCAGCAUCCUCGCCAGCAGCGGCGCGAACCCCAUGGUCAACCCCCACGACCACCCGGACUUUGGCGAGGUCGGCCAGGUCGACGACGCCGGCCAGAUGGGCCACACCACCGAGAGCCUCGCCCUCCAGUCCGGCUACCAGAACGUCAUCGUCGAGAGCGCCCUGGCCAAGCGUCUGGCCCGCGAGCCCGGCAUGCGCCUCGCCCAGCAGCGGCGGCCCGAGCAGCAGCUGAACCUGCAGAGACGCAGCAACGUCGAGGCCUUGUUUGCCCACAUCGCCGGCGAGACGGCCCCCGUCCCCUGCAAGAACUGCCACAAGGGCCACGGGCCCUGGACUACCUGUGUUGUGGUCGACGGCCAGAUGUGUGGGAGUUGCGCGAAUUGCUGGUUCAACGCGUCCGGAGCGCGCUGCUCGUUCCACGAGACCCGCAAUCCGGCAGCCCACGCGGGCGCAGUGAUUGGAGAUGGCGCGUUUAACAUUCCGGCCAUUCCUCCCGCUGCCCUCGGCGGCUUCAACUACGUGUCCGGCCCCGCUUCUGCGGAUCCCGUCGUCAAGUACACCAUUGAGCGGGCCAUGGCCGACAUCCGCGCCGCCGACAAGAGGACCCGCCACAUGCUCAUGAUCGAGGCCGCUGCCAAGCAGCUGGCUUUCCAGAUCGUCGCCUACGAGGAUACGGUCCAUGAGGAGCACGCCCAGGAGCACGCGCAAGCACACGCUCAGGGCCACCCACCUCCACCCGAAGCCAUCAUGGAAGAACCUGAGGCCUAG